AGUCGUUAUUACUGUGUCCUUUUAAUAGUUGAUUUGAUUGUCCUUACUAGUCAUUCCCGCGCUGGGCUAUAGCACAAUUGUAAUCAUUUUUCCGUAUAAUCAACUGAGAACAUCAUGAACAUAACUAUUUAAUCAACGAUAGGGAUAGAUUUAUACGAUCACGUGAAGAAUAUUUUUCAUUUUCAUCGCACUCCUCGUAUACGAUUACGCUGUGGUCAAAAUCAAUGUUGUGCCGCGUCCUUUUGUUCCAGUCUCUCGUAUUAAGUGGUUGCGUCGUCGUCGUGUAUACAGUGGAGGGAGCUGCAGCGGGUGGAAAGAAUGAACAAGAACAAGUAGUUGUAGAUGAGCUGCGAGCACAAGUAAAUGGAGUUUUAGGGAGGGGAAUCAAAUGACUCAAGAUUUCGGAUGCGAAGAUCCCGUUUCCGAUUGACAAAGAGUCCCCAGACGAGAGAGCUUGACGCAGCGACAAGUAGACAAGAACAAGAACAACUACGAGCACCAGGCUCAUCGUCUGUACCGGGCUCGUCGUGCUCUUCAUCUUCAUCUCCAAAAUCUUUGCGCGUGCUUGUUGCCCAGGAGGUUCAGGUCGCCGUCACGACGCUGGGGGGAAGUAUGUAGGCUACUAACCUUUGUUUAUACCUCUAGUCUAAAUCUAAUUGUCCCUCUCACUCUACCUCUGUGGAUGCAAGGGAUGUAUUUGCUCGGUCUCCGCCAUAGGAAAGGAGACGAAUUUCGGGGUACUAGCUCAAGCUCUAAAGGUAUUAUUUUGCAAAUGACGCUGGAUCGAUCCGUGUUGGAGCAGAGAGCACAGACAGUGACAACCUUACGAAAGCAGUGGACAGAAGAUUAUCCGAACUACAAUACCGAGUUCCUUUACGCUUUAGUUUUGAUGGAGCCCCACGAGGGGCGUGUCUUGAGCGACGAGAACGCGCUGGUGAUCAGCAACGUAUCUCCGUCCAACGAUCGGGAGCCUUCUUCGCUCCCUUAUGAAGUGCAGCUGACGGGGGCUGUGCAACUCAAGCCUCACGUACAAUCGACUUACAGCUAGCAGAUCGGUCUAAGAAAAUCUAACAGCUGCUGCAAGAAUAUUUCAAAGUGCGUGACGGUAAUUGUAUCAGAGAAUUGUUUACCCAAUUCGUCGACGUUUACUUUACGCAAGUGGCUGUCGUCAAAGAUUACCAGAAGAAAGUGGCUGCCGGGAAUAUGGACCCGGAACUACUUCUCCCAGCCUACUGCUACUGUCGCACUCAUUUAACCACCUCUGAAGAGGCGUUCUUGGAGACCCUUUGCCAAUGGGCGGAUGGAAAAAGCGAGGGUUGAAAAAACAUGUUCCGACGCCCGAAACAAAGUAAAUGAGCCAACUCAUCGAAAAAGCACUAUUCCGCAGCGGAAAAAUCAAAGAGCCUGAAUGAAGAUGAACGUCAUGAACAAAUGCAAAACGACGAACACGAACAACGAAGAGCAACGACUAGAGGACCGAAUCUAAAAAUGAAUAAGGAAGAACGAACGAGGAAGAGCGACAACGCAGAACACGAACAAGUAGAGGACCUAAGCUACAUACUUACUUGAUUUAGAAUCUAACAUUGUUGUUAGAAAUAGAAUGACAGCAGUCCGUAUUGCAUGGCAUUCGGGGGAGUUACACGCUCCACUUUGUAUUCUUUCGCACCUUCAGUUUUUUCUUUUUCUUGUAGACAUACAAUUGAUUGAUUAUGUAUGGUUGACCCCGGUCCAUUACUAUGGAUGAUCUUUAGUGGGCUAGGUCAGCGGGAACACAGGCGCGCCUGCACAGUCCAGAGCUGGCCCUGGGUCUGUUUUAGUUCCUCUGUUAUCCAGCGCCGCCGCUCGUUAGGCGGCCGCAUAUAGUUGCCUGAUUAUGUAUAAUGGCUUUCUGAAGUAUAAGGAGAAGUAGUGUACUACUCCAGAGCCAUUGUUAUUAUAUUGAUUGCCUACAACACUACUAGCACAAGCACGAUUGUUUUGUGGGCGAGGCCAGCGAAAAGACAGGCGUGCGCGGACAGUCCAGAAUUGGUCCAGGGUCUGUUAGGUUAUUUUGUGCCUCCGUUAUCCACAACGGCCGCCCGUAAGACGGCAGCACCUCCAUGGAGGGUUUUCCCCUGCGUUCUUUCUUCUUUCUUUUAAGAUAGCUAAUAGACGUGAUCAUUGGAAAUGAAGAUGGACCAAAUGACUUAGAGGGAGUCUGCUCAGACCAAGCUUGCCG